UUAGAAUUCAGCACGAGGCUGACUGAAAUUUUGGCGCCGAAUCUGCUCUUGCCUCUAGAAGUGGACUUUUUACAAUUUUUUUUGCAUACUCUACCCAGCUGAUCUGAAACAGAUGAUUGAUCUAACGACGAAGUAAAAGCAAUCUGCUUUAUUUUGCUGGUUUAUUAUUGCUGUAAAGGAAUUCAUAGGCCUAAAAUCUCUUCAAGACUAGCAAAAGGGUGUUGAUUGUUAUGCAAACUCGUGGGAAACGAAAGAGCUCCAAUUCAAAUACAGAAAAUACUGAAAUGAGUAAAAGGUCAGAGACAAAUGGAACUGCAAAGAGCGAAGUGGACGAAUGGGUAAUGCUGGCUCCUAAAACAUUACUGAGCAUCACAAGUAAUGAAAACAAAAAGCAAAGCCCAUGCUUACAUAAGCUGCCACACCCAAAGUCAGGUUUGCCUGCACUUUUUGCAUUCAAAGAAGAGAAGGUUUUUGAGAUUCUGAAAUUCACAGAAAAGUACCGAUCUUGGUUCUAUGAUGACUCUGUUAUCGAAGGUGGAUCAGUUUAUCUUCUAACUCCUAUUGAUCCGAUAUUUCUUGCCAUACCAUUUUUAGGAACAAUGGCCAAAACUGGGAAAUUUAUGCCAAUGGAACAAAUUUUUGUAGCCAAGGACUUCCAAGCUGGUCUUCAGUUGUUGGAAAACUGCAUAACCAAAUCUGAAUUGGAAACGAUUUGUGAAAUUAAGGGCUCUCUUGAUCUUUCUGCAUACAAGCUAGACACUGACAAGUUGGUCACAUGGCUAAAAACCAAGGUUGAAAAGCUCGCGGACUAUUUGGAAACAUCGAAAUUUCACGCCGGUGCAGGUGCACAUGCUGCAAAUUUUGUCAAAUCCUCGCAUGAUAAUUCAUGCUCUCGAGGUGAUUACGUAUUGUACGCUUUUGAACUGGUGUCAGACUAUUUAGAAGAAGAAUUGGCUGAAAAACUGAGGAAUCAUAUGCAAAUCGUUGCAUCACCCCCAAAGCACCUGUCAGAGGAGAAACAGCCUCCUGCAAAGAAACAAAAACUGAACAACGACAAUGACAACUCUGUUUGUGUCGAGGAUUAUAGAGAUAAGCACGCCAAAAUAGAUAAGAAACCCGCGAAGCUAACGACAGCUCAAAAGCAGCUGGCAAAGAUUGACAAGACCGGGAUGAAAUCAAUGAACAGCUUCUUUGCAGUCAAAUCUAAAAAGGUUUGAAAAAUCUUGGGUGCUCUUUCAAUAUGUCAAGGAAGGAUUGAAGUUUCAAACUUUUUUAGAUCUGGAGGAAUAUUUGGCACCAUUUGAAAGUAUCGAAGAUUUGGCCAAAAUGAAACUCUUGUAGUGUAGUGAAUGUUUUUGCCUCAGAUAAUGUGAAUUAGCAUAAGCUGAUGCUGAGAAUCACUAACGAACAAUGGUGAUUUUCCACCACGAAAACUUGCUCCAAAGAAAUAAGUUGUUACCAGAACGGUUAGCAGAUUUAGAAUUAAACGAUCAGCCGUAUUUAUCUUAAACAGUGAAGUUUUCUUUGUAAAUAGAAUUAUCUCAUUGUUCGAAUACUCCUACA